AUUGACAGCAAUUUCAGUUGACUCUGUUGGAGAAAACUUUGACAAAACGCCGCUUUUUACGGGGCAGCUGCAGCGUUGUCACUCACAAUAACGAUAACAGUCUUCAAGACGGCUAACAGAUAGCUGGCAACCAAAAGGUGUGUUAAUGCAACACGGUGGAGAUUAAUCUGGUGGUGUUUUCCUAAUCCGUCGGAAAAGUUUCAGCGAUGCCAGACGUUGAACCGCUCAGAUUUCCAUCAAAGGAAGGGCGUCCUAAUCAACGAGAUGAAGGGCGUCCUAGUCAACAAGGUGAGAAAAGUUAACGUUAAGCCAGUCGAUUUACAACCAGUGGUGGAACAAUUAUUGUUACCGUUUAAAGGAGGAAUACCAUCCUGUGAAAAGACAGAUCAAGCAGAUCUUCAAGAUCUUGAGAUCUGUUCUGGUAGACGUCGCCCUCGUGCUUUGCUCAACAGUCCCUUGCCAUGUGUCAACAAAGCUUUUUACCACAUACAAGAGCUGAGGAAGGUGGUGGAAAAUUGGUUUCACCAGCCACAGAUUGAUCAGAACAAGCCCCUGUGCAGCAAAACUUCACGAUUUCAAUCCAGAGAUUCAGAUACUGACUCUGUGACGUCUACCGAGUUGUUCGUCGAAGGCAUCGCAAUUAGUGCAAGAGAAAGCUGUCCAUCAUCGCCACUAGUGAAGAAAAUGAAUGAUGUCCUUGGAGAGGUUGUGUAUCUGAUUGAGCGAAUGGAGGCUGAUAGGCAGCAUGCAGAGGAAGCUCUCCAGAAAGAGAAGAAGACAAAAAGAUUUUUGGAGAGCAAACUUGACAGCCUCUUACUGUGGAAGCAACAAGAACACUCUUCUGCUGUCCAGAGAGAGCAUGAAGCUUGCAUGAGAGACAUCACUGAAUUGAAGUGUCAGCUAAAACUGGAAAGAGAAAAACUUGACCAAGCGCAGGAGAAACUGUCACACACUGAGGUGUUGAACCAGCGCUUACAUGAGGACAUCAGCUUUGCCAAGAAGCAAAUUCCUAUUGUGAAAGAAAACAUUGAAGUCCAGGGAGGCAUCAUAGCUCAGAUCAAUGCUGCAAAAGCUGAGGUUGAUGAAAUCAACUCAAAAACACAAAGUGAGCUCACACUGGUUCAGAAUGAGUUAAAAAAGAUAGAGCUGGACACUAACAAUGAGAAGACAUUGAUCAAAAGACAACUGGAACAUGUACAGUUGACGAUGAAGAAUCAGCUGGCUAGCAGAUUGGAUGAAUUAAACCGGUUGGAGAUGCUUGAGAAAGGUCUGUGUGCUGAAAUGGAGAAUGCUGAAAGGAUGACAGCUCUUACAGAAGAAAAGUGCGCAGCCAUAACACAGCGUAUCCCUGAAAUGAUGGAGCAUGAGAAAUCUGAAAAAGACCGGAUUUUGCAACUGAAACUUCAAAUUGAGGAUGAAAUGCAACAGAAUAAGAAAUUAAAAGAGAAUCUAAUUGCACUGCAAGAAGACAUUGAGAAAACUAGACUUGAUGGGAAAGCAGAGGUUUCCUGCAUAGAAGAGCAGCUCAAUUCAAAACGUAAUGCUUUUGAAGCUCUUUGCAAAGAAAACAAGGAAUAUGAGCAGAAUGUAGAAGACUACAAGCUAAAAAUCUCUGAGAGCGAGAAAGCAGUGAAGCAGAUGCGUGAGGAGACGAAGCUGAUGCUCCAGAAAAUCAUUGACAAUGACGAGGAGUGGAAAGAGGCCAAGGAGGAAGAGACUCAAGUUGUAGCCCAGCACAGAGACACCCUGACUAAACUGGAAGAGCUGGAAGAGCUCACCUUCAUGGAAGAACAGAGGGAAAGGACAGAGACAGAGAAGCUGAGGAAUGAGCUGACAAGUCAGAUGACUGUUGUGGAACUUCUGAAGGAUGAUUGUGCAAAUAUGAACAAAGAAUUGAAUCAACAGCAAAAUAUCUCAGAGCUAACUAACCAAAAACUUCAGGAAGAAUUUGAAGAUGCAUUCUCGGCAACAAAAGCUCUGGAGACAAAAACAGAGAAAGUCAAGAAACUGACAGAAAUUUUGGAAAAGACACAAUGUGAGCACAGGAACACAUUAAUCAACCUUGAGAAGGAGAAGAAACUCAGAUGUGACCACCUGAAAGCUGCUCAGGAUUUACACGCUGCCACCAUAAAGAGACAUGACAACAUCACGGGCAGCAUCAGUGACCUUACAAAGAGGGCCAAAGAAUAUCGAAAUACUUCAGAUGAAAUGGAAAAAAGAGCUGAAAGUAUGCCAGAGAUCUUAGCAGAACUUCAACGUGAUUUGGAUGUGGCAGAAUUCAAAAACAAAUCAGCUGCUCGCUUAAUGAGCACCUUGCAGUCUGAUAUUAAUAACUGCCAACAACGAGCACAGCGAUUCAAGCAGACACACACCGCUCACGUUACAGCAAGAAAAAAAGAAAUGGAAGAUGCCAAGGAAGCACUAAAACUCGCACUGAAGGAGAACGAACAGCUGGCAAAUGAGUACGAAGGUCUUCAGAAGACCCUCAUGGAGGCCAAACAGGAGGCAGUGUCUACACUGAGCGAGAAAAACUAUGCACAUAAAUCUUUUAAUUAUUACACACAGCUCUCUUUGUUGCAGAAGAGGAUGCACAAAGAAUCGGUGAAAAACUUCAAACAACGCCACCUCUACAGCCAGGCUGAACUGGACCGCUGCCAGGCUCUCUCUCAAGAGACCAACCAGAAAAUAAAAACAGCCCAGGAAGGGUUGUUAGAAGAUAUUCAGCACAUCUCCACAUUCCUGCAAUCCUUGACAGAUGACUCUACUACCACCAGUGAUGCCAGGGUGAACAAACAAGUCAGUCCAGAUGCCUGUGGAUCGAAUGAGUAGAUGCCUUCAGUUCAAACAGCAGUGUAAUUGGACAUUCACCUGUACCAGACAACUUACUUACCCUAGCACGCUUCACUAUUCCUCCCUCUUUACUUGCAGCAAAUCCAUAACAAUGAAACAGGUGACUUUCAUGCUGCUGUCAGGACUGAUCUAAUUUUAGCUGGGUGAAUGAUUGCAAUUGGCUUUGCCUCAUCAGAUAAUUAAUCUAUGUCACCAUUAAUUGGAAAAGAGAAUAAUUACAGGCAGUGUUGACAGAAAUUCUACGCUUCUCCAGAUUCCAAGAUCUAAUUACAACUAGUGAAAACCCAUGACCUUAACUAGCACUUAGUACACCUUGGCCACCUUGACCAUGUCCAGGUGAAGACCACUGUCUCUUUGAAAGACCCUGUUUUUGUUAUCACAGCUUGUACUCUUUCACUUGCCUCACUCACUGAAAGCUGUCUCCCUCAAUCACUUUUCAAUAUUCAAUCUUAAUUUUGUGGAAGUUUAGCAUUUUCAAUGAGCUGGAGAUGAAUGAUUAAUGAAUAAAUUUAAAUGCUUCAUUUUGUCCAUGGA